ACUAAUGCAUCUUUGAUAUAAGAUGCUAAGACUAAAACCAGCAAGUAGCAUGUAACAUGUUUUAGGUUAAGCAGUAGCACAGAGAAUCAUUCUUUGCUUGAGCUUGCAGAAACUGUUUUUUAAGCUUUAAAGAGAAAAUUUUGUUGUACCUCUUAUAGAAACUUGAUCCAAUGAUGCUAAAAUAAUGUCAAAUAAUUAAUAAACAAAAAUAUUAGAGUGGAAUGGCCUUUUGGGUGGUUUUCUGGUCUACAAGUCUUUCUAGCAAUAUUUUAACACUGGGUCUUGGUUGGAUGUGUAUUCCUUCUGUUUGGGGUUGAGAGGGGAGGGGUUUUUGAGGGAUUCCCUCUUUAUUCUCAGGGAGAUAAAUCUACUACUUUGUCCUCCUAGGGAAAGAUAUCGUACCUCUCAUCUGUGAACAACCACAAAGUUGGAUUCUUGCUAAGAAGUUCGGUGUCAGAAAUGUUUUCCCCAAACCACAUCGGCAGAUUACUUGUUUGCAAGGCUUUCCAGCUGAGUUCCCUUGCUGCUCAUGUUCAUCCCAACUCAUUUCCUUUCCAGGAGGCCUCUAUUAUUAUAAGGAUGAAUAUGAAGAUGGUGGUAUGAAACCAAAAAUUGGGCUGAUUUUCAAGUCUUACAUCUAAUUUCUCUCAAAUGGCAAGAAAGGUGUUGUUGCUUCUGCUGAUUCUUGGGGUUCGUUCGCUGUGAAUGGAAGUCUUGGGUGCUAAAAAUGACUCUUCAUCUUCUUCAUCAAGGCCAAAGAUGGUGAAUUUAGGAGCCCUCUUCACUUUUGAUUCAGUGAUUGGUAGAGCAGCCAAGCCAGCAAUCUCAGCUGCAAUUGAUGAUUUCAAUUCUGAUUCCACCCUCCUCUCAGGAACCAAGCUGAACCUUCUCUUCCAUGACACAAAUUGCAGCGGAUUUCUUGGAACUAUUGAAGGUAUAUUACAGAAUCCCCGCCUUCUUUUCUCUUCAUAGCCUUUUUUACUACUUAUCUCAAGCAACAAUAGCCUUUGUACUGACAAUAUCAAAACAAAUGAAACUAGCCAAAAGAGUCAUUUCCUUUAUCAGGGAUUUGGGAAUUUUUACUGUUACUGUCACAAUGACGCUUUAUGUAUCGGUUUUGUAAGCACGAAUGAACUUUUUGAACAACCAGAGCAACUGAAUGUGAGAAUAGUGACUUGAAUAAGGUGUUCGCUUUGUAGCUUUGCAGCUGAUGGAAAAUGAAGUGGUGGCAGUAAUUGGGCCUCAGUCUUCAGGGAUAGCUCACGUGAUCUCCCAUGUGGUCCAUGAGCUUCAUGUUCCAUUACUUUCAUUCGCGGCCACCGAUCCAACCCUAGCAGCACUCCAAUACCCAUACUUCCUUUGAACUACACAGAGUGACUACUUCCAAAUGUAUGCAAUUGCUGAUCUGGUCACAUACUUUGGGUGGAGGGAAGUCAUUGCCAUCUUUGUCGAUGAUGAUUAUGGAAGGAGUGGAGUGUCUGUUCUAGGAGAUGCCUUGGCGAAGAAGCGAGCCCAGAUCUCUUACAAGGCUGCCAUCAACCCAGGAGGGAGUCAAAGCACAAUCAAAGAGAGAUUGGUUGAGGUUAACCUAAGGGAAUCGAGGGUCUACAUUGUCCAUGUCACUCCUGAUUCAGGGCUUCCCAUUUUCUCAGAAGCCAAGAAUCUUGGCAUGAUGAGCAAAGGUUACGUGUGGAUCACUACAGACUGGUUGGCUUCUUUGUUGGAUUCUUUGGUGCCACCAGAUGCCGAUACAAUGAGCCUUCUCCAAGGGGUGGUGUCGUUCAGGCACCACACUCCAGAUACCGACCUCAAGAAGAAGUUCAUGAAAAGAUGGAACGAUGAUCUGAAAUACAAGAAACCAGGACCAUCAUUGUUUAACUCCUAUGCACUCUAUGCUUAUGACUCUGUUUGGCUUGCUGCACAAGCACUUGAGACUUUCUUAAACAGCAACGACACUGUUUCUUACUCGAACGAUCCAAAAUUACGCGAUGUCAAUGGAAGCACAUUGCACUUGUCAUCUCUUAGAGUAUUUGAUGGAGGCCAGAAGUACCUUGACACACUUCUGACUACCAACUUCACUGGUUUUAGUGGUGAAGUCCAGUUCAAUUCUGAUAAGAACUUUAUUCACCCUGCUUACAAUGUGCUCAAUAUCAGAGGGAAUUCAUUCAGGAGAGUUGGGUACUGGUCCAAUCACUCAGGUCUAUCCAUUGUAGCUCCUGAGACACUUUAUGGGAAGCCUGUGAAUGGUUCUUUGAAUUCCAAUUCCAAGAGUGACGAGCAACUGUACAACAUCAUAUGGCCUGGUGAAACCUCCGAGACACCAAGAGGUUGGGUUUUUCCUAACAAAGGGAAGCCACUGAGGAUUGCCGUUCCUAAUCGAAGGAGUUACUUAGCAUUUGUGGCUAAGGACAAGAACCCUCCUGGGGUUAGAGGGUACUGCAUUGAUGUAUUUGAAGCUGCCAUCAACUUGUUGUCGUAUCCUGUUCCUAGGACUUACAUGUUGUAUGGAGAUGGGAAAAGGAAUCCUUCCUACAAUGACCUUGUCAAUGCAGUUGCUCUUGAAGUAAGUAUGAACUUGUAUUUAUAGUUUUCGCUCUUUGAUCGUCUGUUUUUUUUUCUCUUUUUCUUAGAAAUUGCUAAAUGAAAUGAUGAGUAUUACGUUCUCGAGUUAUUGGGAUGAAUUUGAUCUUGAUGAAGUGUUCAAAUGUUAUAGUCAAUAAUAAGUAUAUAUGUCC